CUCGUGUUACUUAUCACUAUUCCGCUGACCUUCCAAAUUUAGCUCGCAGCCAUUUCGUGCAUCUGCGUUAUCAUCUUCAAACACUGACACAAUUUCCAUAAUAAAAAACGUCCCUUCUGUAUGAGUCAAUAGCCAUCACGAUAUUUUUUCGUCGUGACGUUUCGGCCAUUCCUAGAGCCACAACAAACACCAAUAAUUAAUCAACACUAAUAGUACAGUACAUGUCAAUUUUAUAUUAUUAUUAUUAGUUUCAGAUCACUUCUCGGAUUCUGACUAGCGAAGCUUUUAUGCACCAACCUUUUUAUAUAUGUCUUCAGUUGCUGUUCGGAGAAUAAUGGCGGGGAGUAUGCCUAAUACGAUGUCGUUUAAGCAAGGACUUUCACUCUGGUGUCCUCAUUCUGCUUCAUUGAAUCGGAUUUCGAGGAGUUCGAUUCCUUCUAGAAGCUUCCGGAGAUGUUUCGUUACCGCUUCUUCUUUUGCUAAUGAGAAUCGAGAGUAUGUAGUAGUUGGAGGAGGAAAUGCAGCUGGAUAUGCAGCUAGGACUUUUGUUGAGCAUGGACAAGCUAAUGGAAAGCUAUGCAUUGUCACCAAAGAGCCAUAUGCACCAUAUGAACGUCCAGCAUUGACCAAAGCGUAUUUGUUUCCUCUGGACAAAAAGCCGGCACGUUUACCGGGCUUUCACACUUGUGUUGGCUCUGGUGGUGAGAGGCAAACUCCUGAUUGGUACAAGGAACAAGGGAUAGAGAUGCUGUAUGAAGAUCCGGUAACAGGAGUUGAUAUAGAAAAGCAAACCCUGACAACAAGUUCAGGAAAGCUGCUCAAGUAUGGUGCCCUUAUUAUUGCAACCGGGUGCACAGCGUCCAGAUUUCCUGAGAAAAUUGGAGGAAAUUUACCUGGGGUUCACUAUAUUCGUGAUGUGGCAGAUGCUGAUUCACUAAUAUCCUCACUGGGGAAAGCAAAAAAGCUUGUAGUUGUUGGUGGUGGCUAUAUUGGAAUGGAAGUUGCUGCAGCUGCUGUAGCUUGGAAACUUGAUACAACUAUAAUUUUUCCAGAAGAGCAUCUCUUGUCAAGAUUGUUCACUCCUUCCCUUGCCCAAAAGUAUGAACAACUCUACCAAGACAAUGGUGUCAAAUUUGUCAAGGGUGCUAAGAUAAAACAUCUAGAAUCUGGUUCAGAUGGCCGGGUAGCUGCAGUUAAGCUUGAAGAUGGAUCAAGUAUAGAGACAGACACGGUUGUUAUUGGUAUUGGAGCAAAACCUGCUGUUAGUCCAUUUGACAUGGUUGGCAUAAACAACACUGUUGGUGGAAUAGAGGUGGACGGCAUGUUCCGAACAAGCAUACCUGGAAUCUUUGCCAUUGGAGAUGUUGCAGCAUUUCCGUUGAAGAUAUAUAACCGCAUUGCACGGGUGGAGCACGUUGAUCAUGCUCGUAAAUCUGCGCAGCAUUGUGUUAAAUCAUUGCUAACUGCACACACGCACACGUAUGACUAUUUACCAUACUUCUACUCAAGGGUUUUCGAAUAUGAAGGAAGCUCUAGGAAAGUAUGGUGGCAAUUCUUUGGUGACAAUGUUGGGGAGGCCGUUGAAGUUGGGAAUUUUGAUCCAAAGGUUGCAACAUUUUGGAUUGACUCUGGUAAGCUGAAGGGGGUUCUUCUUGAAAGUGGGAGUCCUGAGGAGUUCCAACUGCUUCCAAAACUUGCACGGAGCCAGCCCUCUGUUGACAAAGCCAAACUUCAAAAUGCAUCGUCAGUGGAAGAGGCUCUAGAAAUUGCUCAAGCUUCCUUGACUGCAGUUUGAUCAUCAGUCCACCACCACCCAUGGAGAGCAUCCUCUCGCACAGAACACCUAUUUUUCCAGAUGACAAUUUUCCCGAGUCUCUUGUUGUGGUAUUGAUCUACCAUUUGGCGAUUUAGGCAGCCUGUAAGAUAUGAGAGAGAGGGAGAGCUUGGUUUGUUGUCAGCAUAUUAGAAUGAUAAUAAGACACCUGCAGAAAAAUGGAUGAGAGAGAGAGAGAGAGAGUGCAUGCGUGCACACUUGUUUAUCGUCAUCAUAUUAAAUUUUUAAUAAGAAUACCGAGAAAAAAAUGGAUUUCUAACAUGAAUUUAAACGGUUAUGGUA